GGUUUUCCCUUUUUUCUUUUUCGAGUGGGAAAAAAAAAAAACCAACACUCCCGCCCUAGGCCUGAUAAGGUGUGGGCUUAAGAAGCCCUAGAAUUGGCCCAAUCCACAAUCUGGAUCAGAGACUUUCUACUACUGGCUUUUUUCAACGGCAGGGGCGCUGCCCUACGCAGUACGCACCGAGCGUUAAGCUUAACAAUCGUCUUCCUCGAUUUCAUUCACAAUUUGCUCCCUCCGUGACUGGAGAUUACGCCCACAAAGGUGACUUGAGCCGAGUUCUGUUGCUGUUAACAGAUCGUCUUCUCUUCAAUUGCCAUGUCGGACGAGGAACCUGUUGAUCCUAAGAAGGAACUUGAAGAGGCUUGCAAGCCCAAGUGUGUGAAAAGUUUGAUCGAUUAUAAGAAAUGUGUUGAACGGAUCCAAGGUGAUGAAUCUGGGCACAAGCACUGCACCGGACAAUAUUUCGAUUUCUGGGGUUGUAUUGACAAAUGUGUUGCACCCAAGCUUUUCGUGAAACUAAAGUAACGUGGGGAAUAGCUCUGUCAUCGCGCUGCUAUGUCGUUUUUCGACCAGGCAUAUCAUUGAUUUUGUCUUCGCUGCACUCUGUGUUUGUAUGAAAAGUUGGGUGCUUUUCAUAUGCUAUGUGGACUUCUUCUUCUUCUUUUUUAAUGUUGGAGUUCUUGACUUAAGCCAAUAAUAGAGCAUUUAUGGACUAAA